GCGGCGCGCGGUGACGGCGCGGGAGCGCUCACCGGAGACAAAGGCAGCGCCGGGAGGCGGCGGCGGCGCCGCGCACCGGGCGCGCACCGGGCCCCCUUCCCUUCUCCCUUCCCCCCACCCCCGCCCUGUCCCCCCUCCCCACCGAUGCCCUAUGGAGCCGCCGCCGCCUGCCGCCUGAGCCACGUGCGCCGCCGGGCCCCCUCCCCAACGACCCUCUCCCAGCGAUGGGCAGUGGGACCCCACCGGCCCCAUCCCCCCGCCGCCCACCCCACCGGCCCCCUGCCCCACCACCCACCCAGCGCACCCAGGCCUGACCCUCCUGCUCCAGCCCCCCACAGUUCCAUGGCGAGGAUGGACCCCUGACGGUGGGCACCCACGGGCCGAAGGAGACGCCGCCGCUGGGCACGGCACAAGGAGAUGCUCUCGGCAGCCCUGACAGCAUCGGGUGCUGCCCUGGCCCUGCCACCGCCGCCCUGAGCAUCCCGUCCCCUACCCCGAGGGCAGAGAGAGAGGCAGGGGCCUCCCCCCCGGGCCGGCAGCCAAGAUGGUGAUGUCCCAGGGCACCUACACCUUCCUCACCUGCUUCGCGGGCUUCUGGCUCAUCUGGGGGCUCAUCGUGCUGCUGUGCUGCUUCUGCAGCUACCUGCGGCGGCGGGUGAAGCGGCAGCAGGAAGAGCGGCUGCGGGAGCAGAGCCUGCGUGCGCUGGAGCUGGAGCCGCUGCACUACGAGGGUUACGGGGGCAGCCCCCCCGGCAUCGCCAUUCCCCACCGCCUCCGCCUUGAGCCCCACCAUCAUCACCCUCACCACAUCCCACCCCCCCGGCCCUGGAGCUGUCGGCACGGUAAGGAGCAGGGAGGGGUUCUCGGUGUCCCCGGAUGGGAUUUUUUGGGGAGGAAAUGGUGCGAGAGCCGGGGAGCAGCACUAACGGCAGCAGGGGUCCGGGGGGGGCUUUGCCUUGCAGAGUCAGACUUGUCAAAGCCGCCGUGUUACGAGGAAGCCCUUCUGAUGGCGGAGCCCCCACCGCCGUACAGCGAGGUGCUGAUGGACACACGGGGGCUCUACCGCAAAAUCAAUGCCCCUUUCCUGAGCCACGAGCGGCUGGAGAAGCAGGAGCAGCCCCCCAGCUACAAACCCCUUUUCCUGGACGCCAGUUACGGUUCGGCACUGCACCUGCCCCGCUCGGCCAGCCCCGGCCACGCCUGCCCGGACCUCUACCUGCAGGCAGAGUGCUCCCCCCGCAUGUUUCCCAGCUGGACGGACUCGGAGCUCAGCAGCAGGGACACCUACGAGCCGGGACCCUGGCACCUCCCAGUCUCCAUGCCCCUCUUCGGCAGGACUACCGCUGUCUAACAGAUGCCUCGGGGGAUCCCCGGACCUUGCCAUGGGUACCUCUCCGGCACUAAGGGGUUGGUUUUGGCUGCCCGCAUCACCCCGGGGACACCAGCCCUGGCAUGGGCCAUCGCUGCCGGCGUGGAAGGGGCUGGUUCCCCAUCUGGCCCCUGCCAGCCUCCCCAUGGCUGGGGGCCCCCCCAUGACUGGGGGCGCUGGGGACCUGGACUCUACUCUGUUUCUUAAAUUUUUUGUUUGUUACAGUUUGAGAAUAAAAGUUUGUGGCUCGGGUUCGCCUCCCGGCGGGCUGGCAUCAUGAAACCCCCGCGGG